GUGUAUGCCGCGCGUGCGCGUUCGUUCUUGAGCGCAUCGGAUGAAAGAAUCCGGGAAAGUUUAGUCACGUUAGAGGGAUAUAUUUCAUUUAAUGAGUGGUUUAACGUCAGCCAUUGUUUAAAGACUGUGUUUCUCUGAAUUUCGGUUUUGCUGGAUGCUCUCAGAAAUGGCGGACAAAGAAGGGUGACCAAGUGUCCCACUUUGCGUUGUUUGGACUAGAGCAGAGGAGAAAAGAAAGAAGAUAUGAAGAGGAGAGGAGAAAAGAAAGAAGUAUAUGAUGAUGCUGUAGAAGAGCGGGUAAUAAAUGAAGAAUACAAAAUAUGGAAGAAAAACACUCCUUUUCUGUACGACCUUGUCAUGACACACGCUCUCGAAUGGCCAAGUCUAACAGUGCAGUGGCUGCCUGAUGUAAACAGACCGGAGGGAAAGGAUUAUGCAGUUCACAGACUGGUGUUGGGAACACACACUUCAGAUGAGCAAAACCACCUGGUCAUUGCCAGUGUUCAGAUUCCGAACGACGACGCUCAGUUUGACGCUUCUCACUACGACAGCGAAAAAGGAGAGUUUGGAGGCUUUGGUUCUGUGAGUGGAAAGAUUGAGAUCGAGAUAAAGAUUAAUCACGAGGGUGAGGUGAACCGGGCGAGGUACAUGCCGCAGAACCCCUGCAUAAUCGCCACAAAGACACCCACAUCUGAUGUGCUGGUCUUUGACUACACUAAACACCCAACCAAACCAGACCCCAGCGGUGAGUGCAGUCCAGACCUAAGACUCAGAGGUCAUCAGAAGGAGGGCUAUGGUCUUUCCUGGAAUCCCAACUUGAGUGGAAACUUACUCAGCGCAUCAGAUGAUCAUACGAUCUGUCUGUGGGACAUCAGUGGGGCUCCAAAGGAAGGGAAGAUUUUAGAUGCCAAGACCAUCUUCACAGGCCACACAGCCGUAGUGGAGGACGUGUCCUGGCACCUUCUGCACGAGUCGCUUUUCGGCUCUGUGGCCGACGACCAGAAACUUAUGAUCUGGGACACAAGAUCCAACAACACGUCUAAGCCUAGUCAUUCAGUGGACGCUCACACUGCUGAAGUCAACUGCUUGUCCUUCAAUCCCUAUAGCGAGUUCAUCCUAGCCACUGGCUCUGCAGAUAAGACUGUGGCUCUGUGGGAUCUGCGCAACCUGAAGCUGAAGCUUCACUCUUUUGAAUCACACAAGGAUGAAAUAUUCCAGGUUCAGUGGUCUCCUCAUAACGAGACUAUCCUGGCAUCCAGUGGAACAGACCGGCGACUCAAUGUCUGGGACCUGAGUAAAAUUGGAGAGGAGCAGUCUGCUGAGGAUGCUGAAGAUGGACCUCCAGAACUUCUGUUUAUUCAUGGUGGCCACACAGCAAAGAUCUCAGAUUUCUCAUGGAAUCCCAACGAGCCCUGGGUGAUCUGCUCUGUAUCUGAAGAUAACAUCAUGCAAGUCUGGCAAAUGGCUGAAAACAUCUACAAUGACGAGGAGCCGGACACCCCUGCCUCAGAGCUGGAGAGUCAGGCCUCAUAACAGCUUCUACCAUAUAAUAGCAAGGGUGUUUUUUUUUGUUUUGUUUUUUCCAUUAUUACUCUGGUUGUCUUUCAUUACUAAGACUCAUCUGUUCACAAUCACUUGUAAUGGGUCAGGUUUAAGGAGCUCAUCCAGUGGCCAAAAUCCUAUUAAACCAGUCUCUCGACUCCUCUUUACCCUUUCCUUGAAUAUGACUUGUUAAUUUUUGUCCGCUCUUUAAACAAUUGAUGUGUCAAAUGUUUCUUAAAAGGCAGAAGUCAUGUUUGAUGGAUCACCAUGAGGCGUAAUGCGGGAGAAUGUUCUGACAGAUGGCUCUGAAAAAAGGCCAAUGCACGAUCGAAAGCAAGGAGUUUAUAAUCCUUUGUACUUUUUGUGCAUAAACCUGAUGUCACUUGCAAUAAAACUUUUGUAAUGCCUUUUAAA